AUGUUUCGUGCUUUACUAAUAAUUCUGCUGAUCAUCUCCUGCGAUUUGGUGCUGGCAGCUGGCUAUAAUAAGACCUCGCUUCAAGUUGAGCCAGAGCUAUGGCUGCUGGAGAAAUGGCUCUCACCGGGCGUGGCCGAGACUUUGAGCCGGAUGACAUCCUAUGCGAUUUGGGCUCCACUGACCAGUGCCCGAGAGGGAAAAAAUGCUGCCCAGCCGGUGCCGAGGGAUUCUGCUUUCCGGAAGAUGAAUGCUGAAUUUUGCGAUUACAAC